AUGUCCCAAAGACCAACAUCCUCCCAUGACUCCUCCGCCCCGCACCACAUCCCAGUAGACGACUGCCUAACCUACGACACAGGAUACCGCCCGAACCUCCCCGGCCAACGCACCUGGUGGGUCUUUUGCCCUGUGACGGGGGCUUUCGACAACAGCUACGCCCUCCUCGGCGCGAUGAUCGAGUGCGUCGCGCGCGGACAGGCCACGCUGGCACCGGCCUGGGACCGUACCUUCGCGGGAGGCAUCUGGUAUGAUUUCGAUUGCGGGGCUGAUGUUCUGGAUGGGCGGCUGCUGAUGGAUAUGGCGGUCGAUGAUAUGCAGAGGAGGAUCGAGAGGUAUAUGUCUACGAAUGAUGGGCAGAUGGGGUGUAAGCCUGCGCUUGGGUUUCGGUAG